CAAUUAUAGUGGUAUAGAAAGUUUAAAUAAAAACAUUAUUGAUAUAGAUAGAGUAUUUGCGAAAUAUUCAUAGUACAUACUGACAUAGGAGGCCAUCAUGUCCUCGGAAGGCAAAGAUCGCAAAGUCGCAUACUUCUAUGAUAUGGACGUAUCACAUUUUCACUAUGGACCUGGUCAUCCCAUGAAGCCUCACAGGCUUGCCCUUACACAUAGUCUUGUUCUGCAUUAUGGACUGCAAAAUAAAAUGCAAAUGUAUAAACCAUAUCGUGCAACUCAACAUGAUAUGUGUCGAUUCCAUUCAGAGGAGUAUAUCAAUUUUCUGCAGAGGGUCACACCGAUGAACUUACAAGGUUUCACCAAAAACUUACAAAUGUUCAAUGUUGGUGAUGAUUGUCCAGUUUUUCCUGGACUAUAUGAUUUUUGCUCAAUGUAUACUGGUGCAUCUUUACAGGCAGCAACUAUGCUGAACAAUAACAAAUGUGACAUAGCGAUAAAUUGGUCUGGUGGGCUUCAUCAUGCGAAAAAAUAUGAAGCAUCAGGUUUCUGCUAUGUCAAUGAUAUAGUAAUCGCAAUUCUUGAACUUUUAAAGUAUCAUCCCCGUGUAUUAUAUCUUGAUAUUGAUGUUCAUCAUGGUGAUGGUGUUCAGGAGGCAUUUUAUCUAACUGAUCGAGUCAUGACUGUUUCAUUCCACAAAUAUGGAAAUUAUUUCUUUCCUGGAACGGGUGAUAUGUAUGAAUGUGGUGCAGAAAGUGGGCGGUAUUAUUCUCUGAAUGUUCCUUUGAAAGAUGGCAUCAAUGACCAAACAUACCAUCAAUUGUUUAAGCCAAUUAUGCGUGCUGUGAUGGAGUCAUAUCGCCCAACUUGUAUUGUGAUGCAAUGCGGAGCAGACUCUCUUGGAUGUGAUAGAUUAGGAUGUUUCAAUUUAACGAUAGACGGACAUGGAGAAAGUGUGAAAUUUAUGAAAGAGUUUGGAGUUCCACUUAUGUUCCUUGGUGGUGGAGGAUAUACUGUAAGAAAUGUUGCAAGAUGCUGGACAUAUGAAACCUCAAUCAUAACAGGUCAAGAAAUAAGUGAUGAAUUACCAUACAAUGAAUAUUUUGAAUUUUUUGGGCCUGAUUAUGUCCUGCGCCCAGAUACAAGUCAAAGGGUUGAGAAUCAAAAUACCAAACAAUAUCUUGACAUUCUCAAACAGACUGUUAUGGAAAACUUGAGAACGAUUGCUCAUGCUCCCAGUGUUCAAAUGCAUGAAGUUCCUCCUGAUCUUUUAACAUUUGAAAACUAUGAAGAAAACAAUGAUUUCGAUGUUCGAGAUCCUAUUUCUCAACAAGAGCAAAGGAUUGAAGCCGAUAAUGAAUUUUUUGAUGGGGAUCAGGAUAAUGAUAAGGAAAGUGAUGUUAGUAUAUGAUUCAAAUUCUGUCUGUCCUGUUAUGUCAGAUUCCUGAUGUUAUACCUUUGACCAUUUGCUGUGACUGCCAUUGGAUUGGAAUGUCCAAUAGAAAUAUUCAUAUUUUAAGUCGGGACCAAAAAGACUAUGCCGUUUUCAAUUGAAAUGAAUGAAGCAAUAAUAGACACAGACUGUUUGCCAGGAUACAGCAACAAAUACUUUUGUCAAUUUGCUCAAUGGUCUGCAUCUCUAAAUGGUGAUGAACAAUGAAUACUCAAAUUUCGAAUGACUGCAAUUUUAUUGAAACAGUAUUUAUCUUUUUUGUUGCAGCCCUAUUAGUAUUUCAAUAUAGAUUUUGAUUUCCAUGCUACUUUGCCACCGAUAUAGCACUUUCUACUUUGUAUAUUCUUUCUAGUCACUUGUAUGUUUUUGGAAUGACAGAAUCAUUGCUAUUGAAGUGAUUAUGAUUUGACUGAAUUUUUUUUUUCAUAUCGAACCCUUUGAUUGAUUUAUUUGAAAAUAACUAAAUUCAAAUGUUCAAAUGUUUUGUUUGUUGCUACUAGCUAGUUGUAUUAGCAUGUAGUAUUGAUCUUCAUUUUAAUUUUUAUGAUAUGUUGUGGUUGUAUGUGAGGUUGCUAUUAGUACAAUGUGCAACAUACGCAGGUUUUUGUUCUGCUGAAGGUCACAUAUUUUGCUAAUCAUUUUUUACGUUUUUAAUAUUGUAACUCUGGAAUACUAAUGAAUUCUAUUGCCUAUUGGUGAAUAAUAUUGUUUUAAUAUCUAUAUUUAAGA